AUGAACGACGCCAUCGAAGUGCCAGCGUAUGGUGCAGCUGAGAGCAGUCGAACUCGGGCCGAAGGUGGUGAAGGUGCACUUCAAUCACCCCACGCUGCAGCCCCCAACAGCGUGUCUGGUACCUCUAGUCGGGCAGGACGUGCUGAUUCCGAUCGCGACAGACCCACAGCUUGCGUCGCUACCGCACCUUUGCCCUUCCUUGGAGCAGACAGUCGAGCGGACUACGGAACGCACGAGCUGCAUAGAGAGUUUAAGCCUAGACACGUCACUUUCAUCUCGUGGGGACACGCUGUUGGAGUAGGGAUCUGGCUCGGUACGGGCGGCAUACUUGCCCAUGCUGGACCUUUGGGACUCUUGAUCGGGUACAUGAUCAUGAGCCUCACCGUGUGGCUUCUCAUGAAUUGCCUCGGGGAGAUGAUCAGCUUCUUGCCGCUCAACGGAGGCCACAUUCGAUUGGCUGGCCGCUUCGUCGAUCCUGCAUUGUCUGCCGUGAUCGGUUGGAAUAUCAUGCUGAAUGCAUGCUUCACGCUGGCAGCAGAGAUCAACGCUUUGUCGGUCAUGGUAGGAUAUUGGACGGAUUUUGCACCUGCCCUCUUCAUGAUACUGGGCUUGGUCACCGUCCUGUCCAUCAACUGUCUUCCCGCUAGGCUGUAUGGAGAAUGCGAGAUGUGGUUCUCUCUUGGCAAGCUUUUCGCACUGGUAGUCUGCUUCUUCAUCUGCAUCGCGAUAGCAGCUGGAGCUGGCCCCAACGCCAAAGUGAUUCGUUUCAAGUAUUGGGAACCCCCAUAUGCGCCGAUCAGAGACUACAAGAUUGAUGGUCCGCUCGGCAGGUUGGCUGGCGUGCUCAGCGCGACCAUCCAAGCUGCAUUCAGCAUGAGUGGCAUUGAACUUUUGGCGCUAGCAGCAGCAGAGACGAGGAAUCCUCGAAGGGUUCUUCCAAAGGCUCUGGGCAUCGUCAAGAUGAGGAUCUGUUUCGUGUACAUUGGAAUCACCUUUGUGCUGGGCAUGGUAGUUCCUGCGGACGAUCCGGCUCUCGUGACGGAGCAUAAAGGUACCUCGGCCUUCAUCAUCGCUAUGGAGCAUGCGCGCAUACACACUUUUCCACACCUCAUGAACGCGGCCAUCGUUGCAGCAACCAUAUCGGCAGGCUGCGCCACUCUCUACGUCGCCUCUCGCUCGUUGUAUAGCUUGGCCCAGAAAGGAUAUGCUCCAAAGCAGUUCAAGUAUGUCACUCCGUAUGGCCUGCCUUGGACUUGCGUCUUGGCAGCCUGCGUCCUUGCAAGUAUCUGUUUCCUAGGCGAUAUUUUCGGUGCCAACGACUUUUUUACCUUCCUGCAACGACUUUCGGCCAUCAGCGCAAUGAUGGGAUGGUGGGCGAUUGCUUUUGCAUACAUCCGAUUCAGAGCAGGAAUGAAAGCCCAGGGCAUGGCACACGAAUCUUUGCCCUUCACCGCGGUUGGUGCGCUUACUGGCGCGUGGUUCGUGAUGGGCAUGACGACCACCUUGACCAUCGUCUCUGGCUGGGAGGUGAUUCACAAAUUCGACGCUGGCAUUUUGAUCUCUAGCUACCUUCCACCUUUGCUCUGCUUUGCUUUCUAUAUCCUCUUCAGACUGAAGCUCAAGACCCGUAUCAUCCCAGCUGCAAACAUCGAUCUUGUCACUCACGUCGACGCCAUUGCGGAGGAUAACGUCCGGUACAACGAAGAAGAGCGUCUGGCGCGUGAGAAGCAGGAUCAGCUAGCGAGGUUCUACUCCACGAUCAUGCUCUAA